UACGGUAUAACGUUGUUUACCUUCCUUUCUUUGUUGCUUUUUACUGCUUUAUCGUCCACAUCUCUCUCUAUCUCUCUUUCUCUUUCUUCUCUCUCUCAACCAUGCCUCCUCUACAGCAAACCCAAACCCACGGCUUACCACCGAAACCAAACCCAAAAGUCCUAUCCCUACUUCUUAAAGCCAUCAUAAUGGCUCUCUUAACCUCCCUCUUCUUUCUCUUCCUCGGCUUAGCCUCCGCCGCCUUACUCCUCCUCCACCUCUCUCUCUCCCACCACCGCCACCGCCACCGCCGCGGCUCUUCUCUCUCCCUAUCCACCGCCGCGCCUUCCUCUGGCCUUUCCCCUACAGUUCUCGACGCCCUCCCCCGCUUCCGAUUAAAACGCACACAACCCCACCGCCGCAACAACAGCAACAGCAACAGCAGCGACGUCGUUCUUGGAGGAGACGAUGAUUGCGUGGUCUGCCUUGACGCUUUCAAAGACGCCCAGUGGUGUAGAAAGCUCUCCGCUUGUGGUCACGUGUUCCACAUGAGGUGUGUUGACUCUUGGCUUGCCAAGGUCGCUGCUUGUCCUAUUUGCCGUGCACCUGUUCGAUCAAAUGCCUCAAGGACGGGUUCUUCUGUUGUGAGUUUGGAGGAAGAGGAAAAAAAUUCCUGGGGUGUUUGGUAGAGGAUGCUGAUUUUCAGGGGUUUUGUUAGCCUUGUAAUUAUUACCAACUCUAAUGGCCCAACCAUAGCAUGGUUAGAGAAAGAAUAUCUUCUUUGGAAGCCUAAUGUUAGGGCGAAGCCCAGGAAUAAGUGUCCAUGGUAGUUAAUUAGGUUUUUGUAUUUUAUUUGGUUAUUCUAGAGUGAAGGUAUUUUGGUAAUUCUACAAUUGUUCUGUAUGGGCCAUGGAUUUUCUUCUAUUAAUUAAGUCUCAUGUAGUUUAUGGGUCUUUAUGUAUGGGAUUUGGUUUAAUUCAAUUUGGGUUUGGUUUACUAGUCGAAAUAGAAGUCCUAGUUCUACUGGGAGGAGUCAAGAGUAUGGUCUAUAUAAGUGUAUUGUACUCAAACAAGUUAGAGUUGUUUAAUAAAAUUAUUGUGUUUUGAAAA